AUGGAUCUGAUUGAUAAAUUCGGAUCUUUUGUUGUCAGAAUAGAUCAUAAAUGCAACUGGAGAUACUGGAAUUUCGAUGUUUCAAACAUUAAUGUGAAGAAGUAUGACACUCAUAUGAGACCCGACUUGAUUUACACAUCUACCGUUGACGUUAUUUCUCUGAAAGUGAAAGGAUUCGGAACAAAUUUGAAUUUGAUGAACUCAUUUUUGGUGAAACGAUUCCGUUUGGAUUGGAUUAGAAGUGUUGGAGUUACAAACUUUGAAUACAAAAAUGGGUGUUUGGUGUUUGGAGAAACCGAUCCUCGUGCUGCUUUCCAGUUGAAAGAACUCAGACAACUUCAUUAUGACAAGGAGAAUUUUCAAAACUCAGCUCCGUUUGUUAUUAAUUCUUCGAAUAUGGCUUGCAUCGAUAUAUCUGAAAAAAUCAAACUAUAUGAAAAGUUCGGAGUUGUUGCUCUUCAUAUUCUGGAUUCUUGUCACGAUCGAAGAAAAGUAUUGAUUCUUGAUGGACGACAACCAUUUGAGUAUAUUGAGAACAGAGAAGAUGUUAAAUUUCGACCUGGAGAUACUCUUCUUUUCGUCAGAAUUCGUUAUUUUACUGAAAAAGAUCAUUUGAAAAAGUUAGAUGAGUGGCUUAUGAGACUCGAAUAUCAUAAUGUGAUUGAAGUUGGAGAAUCCCAAAAAGUUCCCAAAGUUCCAGAGGUUACAGUCAGUGACUCUAUUUCUACUUUCAAUCCACUUCCCUAUCUCAAACGAGCUGUCAGAGGUCACGAUUCUGAUGGAAAUUCAAAUAUAACACUUCCUAUUUUUUAUUUUCGAAACAACAGCGGUUUGGAUUGUGGGAGAAGGAGAACUGUCAAUGUUCUAACUCGUUCCAUUGGAGAGAAUACAGCGACCUCAUUGCUUGAUUGUGAAUGUGGACAGAUGACGUCAUCUGGUUUCUUUUGGGAUCAUUGUUUAUCACAUUUUGGAACAAUCGAGAUAAAAGGAUCAACCGGAUCAGAAGAUAUUUCUAAAUAUGAAAGAAUUCGUGAGAUAAGAGAUGGUCAACUGUGGAUUCACGAUACAGAAACAUUGACGGAUCUGAAAAGUUUCAAAGCUUUGAAACAUAUUCAAUGUGAAUCCAAACACAACGAAGACAUUGAAAAUAUUAAGACAUCAGCUAUUCGAAUUGAUGGAAAGAAUACAAAAUUGGAGAAUGUGGAACUCCUGAAUCUAACGAAAACAGAGAAUUGUGAUCGUCUUGUUUCGAUAUACGGUGAUAAGAAAAUACUACCAAUAUAUUCUGAGUCUCAAUGGAUGCAUUCAAUGAAGGAAUUAAAUUCAACUAAUAAUUUAAAAGAAAACAAAACAUGUAUCGCCUAUUCUGGAAGAAAUGGUGGAUUGACUGCUGAAUUCACACAUCAGUUAGAAGGAUGUGUUACCAUUGAAGGUGAUUUAACAAUUGAUGGAUUCGGAAACGACGUUCCAAAAGUGACAGCUGCUCUUCGGAACAUCCAUUCAGUUCAAGGAAACGUUCUGAUUAAAAAUCUGUAUGCUGAAAAUUGCACAAUUUUGAAGAAUGUCAAACACAUUGGCGGUAACCUAACUGUCCAAAAUAAUCCUGUUUUGAAGAGAAUGUCUCUUUCUCUUCUUACUCUAGGAGGCGAAAUCAAUAUAUUGAAAAGUAAACUUCUCUGCUUAGAAGAUUCCGAAAUGAUAUUGUUGGUUGAACGGCUCAAAAAUAAGACAUUAGUGAUGGGUUGCCCAUAUCCCGACAAGAAUAUAUUGAGUCUUUUCGAAGAUCGAUUUGGUGAUGUUCUGAACUUAUCUCACAUUGGAAUCGCAUUGAUAUUUCCGAUUUUUGUUUGUUAUAUUAUGGGAGCCAUACUAUUGAAACAGUUGAAGGUGUUGAACAUAACUCGAUGGAGAAAAAUAACAUAUCUGGAUAUUCGUCUGAAAACAGAUGGAAAUGCUUAUUUGAAUGAAGAAACAUCGGAUGAAGAGCCCGAUGAGAUGAGAUUGAGAAAGGAAACAUUGGCAUGGUAUGGAUUGGACGGAAACGCUUAUGGUGGGGAACAAAUUCAACAAGAGAAAAAACUGUUUGGAGAAAAUCGGAUGCAUAAGAUGACGGCCUGGAUGGGAACAAAGAAAGAACUGGAAUCUGAUUGUGAAUUCUUCGGUCAAAGUUGGCUGAGAAGAAAGCAGAAAACGAAGAAGCAAGCGAAAGAAGAACACCCAUUCGAGUCGAGACGAACGAGAUGGCAUGUAAGAGAAACACUUUCAAAAGUUGAAGAAGGAGAGGAUGUUGAAAUGGAAAUUGCCUUUUAUGAUUCUCUCUCCAGUUGUAUCAAAGAAGUCUCGAAUGACGGAUGUAUUGAUGUAAGAAAUAGAUUAAUGGUUCUAUUGUGCAUGAUGGAGAGAGAAGGAUUCAUGAAAAAGCCACACAUCGUUUCAAAUUAUAAUAAGAUCGAACGUGGUAUCGCUAUACUGGAAACUUACGCAGCGAAGCAUGACGUGGAAUCAUGGAAGCGCCUGGCAGAAUUAAAGACAAAGUUGAACAAAGAAGCUUUAGAUGUGCUUAGAAACGAAUCACAGAUCAGUAGUGAUGCGGGUGACCCCAAGACGGCAAAGGAGAAACGCAUGACUGCUGGAUCCCAAGAAAUAGCGAAAAAACGGAAAAACAAAGGAAUGUUUGCAAAGGUUAUUGUGGAAACAUUACACUGGAUACCUCCUGAUGAAAUCGAAUAUGAGAGGAGAAAGAAGACAGACUAUGGUCAUUUUAAUUAG